AUGUUUCACCAACUGGCAGACAUUGAGGGAGAACUAGGAAAAACCAGUAGAGGAAUCCGAGGAUUCAGAUCUACUGAUGAAGAGACAGCGGAAGCAUUAAUAUCUCAGCGAGCCCUAACGCAACAAUUAAAAUCAUUGCUCGAGGAAUAUAACAUCUUUGAAGAUAAACUUAAACAAACAACUAGAAACGACAAGGAUCACUUAUCACAAUAUCAAAACAAUCAAGAUCACACCGAGCCAUCAAAGAAUAUAUACGACAACAUUAAUCUUAAAACUAAAAUCACUAAUAACAAUAAGUUGUCAAUAAUGUAG